AUGGCCCGCCCGGCUCCCUCCCGAUCAUCCCUGGACAUUGUUGCAGCCUGCGACAACUACCGCAUAGAUGCAGACCGCAUGUCCCUCACCACCUGGCGUCUUACCGCCCAUCCCACAUCCCCUGCCAUCGGCCUCCUUCGCGCGGAGAUCGUAGCCCAGCUUCGCGCGGAGGAUGCUAAAGGCUCGGUCCCAGCAUGGGAGUUCGCCACACACGAAGGCAGGCAGGUCGUCGGCUUCUCGUCUCACAUCCACGGGCCGUCUGCACGCACGCGCGUCAUUAAAGAGCUGUGUGAGCGCUGGCGGGAGGAAGGGCGCUGGCCCGACGUGAUCGGCCCACGCAAAUGGCGGAACGAGAUGUACGCGGUAUACCGCAAUCCGUUCGGCGUGCACGACGAGGUGCUGAUCGACGACACAGACGACGACGAGGCUAACUAUGCAUUUAUGAUGGAGCGCUCCGCGUGCGCGCUCUUUGGCGUUGUCACGUACGGUGUGCACAUGUCGAUCUUCGAGGAGGACGAGCACCGGCAUGGCGCGUUGGACUCUUGCCGCAUGUGGGUGCCGAUGCGUUCCAGAAGCAAGCAGACGUGGCCGGGCUACCUCGACAAGACCGUCGCCGGAGGCAUCCCGUGUGGGCUCGGCGCGUUCGAGAGCCUCGUCAAGGAGUCGAUGGAGGAGGCCAGCCUUGCGGAAGACGUGGUCCGGAUGCAUGCGCGCGUAGCAGGUACUAUAAGCUAUUUCUUCCGAACGAGCGCCGGAUGGCUCCAACCUGAGAUCCAAUAUGUCUAUGACCUCCGCAUUCCCUCCGGGGCCGAUCCGGAAGCAUAUAAGCCAACACCACUUGACGGCGAGGUCGAAUCGUUCGACCUCCUUCCCCUGGCCGAAGUCGUGUCGCGCAUGCAGCAGGGGCUGUUCAAGCCCAACACGGCGCUAGUUAUUCUCGAUUUCAUGAUCCGCCACGGGUACCUCACGCCGGAGGACGAACCGGACUACCAGGAGAUCGUGACGCGCCUGCAUGGGCGAUUCGAGUAUGAGCAGUGGUGA